CAUUAUACCCCUAAAACCUCAUGUUAUUUGACCAUUUUACCCUUUAAGAAUAUUACAUAACUCAUUACAUACAACCACAAAAAAUCAUCUCCCUGAUUUCCCUCCCUCCCUCCCAGAAUGUCUCCUCCCUCCCCCAUUCAAACUCCUCCAUUUUCAUCCCCAGCUGCCAUCACCCACCACCAAGCCCCUCCCACCAGCAGCCAAGUCUGCCUAUCUUCCGCCUCUCCUCUUCCUCCUACAUUGUCAAUAGAAACCUCGAUUGCUUCCUCUCCCUCCAUUGAUAAACAAGAAAUAGUUGACCCAUCAAUACACCACGAUUUGGAGUCUGAAGAUCACACAAUGGAUGUUGAGAAACAUGUCACAGAUGUUGUAGUGACGGAGCAAAAAUCGCAGCAAGAGGGUGACACUUCAACACUUGGUAGUUAUGUAGGGCCAUCGACUAUACCUACUUAGACCUGUCCUCCAUACGAUUAGACGAAGCAUUUUACAACGGAGACGGUGAGUGUUUUUUUUAUAGAGUAUUUAUCUUGUGCAAUCUUAUAUUACGGGCUAUAAUUUUUUGUUAUGUGU